AAAGACUGAGGCUGAUUUCCCGCGACCAGACCAGAGCCGGGUUUUGUUGGUUGUCGUUCAUCGGACUAUAAGAAAAGAACGAACAGAAAGUUCAGUCCUUUCCGCUACUGAAGCUUCGACUGAGUCUCUCCCUCCCUCCCUCUCUCCCGAUCUCUAUCGCUGCAAAUUCGAGAAAGCAGAGCAGUAUUCCCAUGGAAGGCGGCAGCGGCGGCCCCAAGAAAGAGGAGGAGCAGGAUGGGGUCUCGGUGCAUUCUCCUUGCAAAGCUCCCCCUUCUUCUGCCUCUUCUCUCCCCAAGGAGCAAUCCCAGGUUGAAUUGGAGCUCAGGCUGUUACAAGCGCUUGAGAUAUAUCCUCCCGGAAAGCUGCAAGGCAUCCACAGGCACUUUGUCCUGUAUGGACUGAUGGAAUAUCUGCGCAGAAGCUUUGACCGGUCUUUCUCUGCGGAAGAGGUUCUCCAGUUGCUGGAUCGCUUUUACAACUUAGAAAUGAUGAAACCGGAUGAGGAGGAAAUGGAGAUCCUGAAUCAAGAAGAGGACUUCAGCUUGCCCCAAAGCUAUUUCACCAAGGACGAGCAGUAGCUAAAAAAAGUCGUGUAAAUAGAAAGGCUCCUUGGGAGGUCUUUGUUUCUGAUUUGCUGAACAUCUUCCCUAUUUACUGUACAUGGGCUAAAUGAAUAAAUAGUGAUUUAGUUGUCUUGAGGAGCAAAGUUUUUUUUUUUUGUGUCAGCUAGUUAUGAGCUA